AUGGGUGAUGAGACACCAGCAGCUCCCCAUCGCAGCAUCUCCGUGCGAAUCACCGGAUCGUGGAAGCAAGAGAACCGAGGAGCAACAGGAGCGUGUUGUGGGGUGGAGGAGACGGGAGGGAGGGGGCAAUAUAUUAAGCAACAAGCAAGCUGUGACAAUCGGAGUGGAAGACUGCAGACCAAAAUUAAAAUAAUAAGCACAAGUGGAAAAGUAUUCUUCGUACUUUCUCUACUUGAACAAUUUGUGCAUUUCAUUUUUUCGAGGAGACCAACGUCUUUGCUGCUUUUCAAGCUCAAGCAGAUUGUUUUUCUAUUGUUUUAUCUUCCCUACUGUUUACAGACAACAGGUCCAGUUGCCCCAUCGAGAGCCAAGAUGGAGCAUGACCACCUGAGUAGCACCCUGUCUGCCUCCGGCUCUGCUCUACCUGUGACUUCUUCUCUAACCAUGGAGCAGAAGGCUGCCUUCGUUUUUGUCUUCUUCUUGUUCAUCUUCUUGGGCCUUCUUAUCGUGCGGUGCUUUCGCAUCCUCCUAGACCCGUACCGUAGCAUGCCUUCCUCUACAUGGACAGACUACAUGGAGAAGGACACGUUUGAUUACAGAAUAGCAUGAGAGAUUAAACUCCUAGUUUCUCCAGUCCCACCAAGGCUAGAAUACUGGGAAAUAUGUAAACCUAGUGACACUAAAGCUUGGGGGCUUCUUUAAAUGAAAUCCUCCAAUGUGAAGGAAUUUCUAAGAAAGAACUCAAGUAUGGUAUUACCUGUCCCUGAUUUUUCCCACAUAAAAUAAGACUGUUUCUUCCAGUUUUGACUCAAUCACAGCUCCAUUGACAUCUCCCUACAAAAAAUAGUGGAUGCACACACUGGCCGUCAUUUUUAACUAAACUGAAAUCAACGAGCAGAAAAAAGGGAGAGGACUGCCAAACAUGAAGCCUGAUAGAAGUGGCCACUGCCUAAAGACAGCUCCAGGUGAAGAACACUGGCUGCCACUGGGAUACAGUGUGGGAACAGUUUUCAAAAUGGCUGACCCUUAUCCACAGGGUAGUCAUAGUAAGCACCUACCUGUGAAGCGAAAAGUCCGUACAAAUGUGAGAACUGGUUCAGCGUCGCUCACUGUUAGGC